UGCAUAAUCAUAACCACGAGUAGAUAACUCUGAAUUUUAUAUUCAUGUUCUUUUGACAAACUUGCAAGGAUUGGAGGAAUAGUGUCAGUGUUCCCUAGUAGAAUCCUAACGCUUCACACCACAAGAUCAUGGGACUUCUUAGGAUUCACCGAAAGUCCAAAGAGAGAACUAGCAUUGCAGAGGGUGAGGGGGAUGUUAUUGUCGGGGUGAUUGACACCGGAAUCUGGCCUGAAUCCGAAUCUUUCAGCGAUGAGGGAUUUGGGCCACCGCCGAAUAGAUGGAAGGAGCCUGCCUAAAAUUUUCUAGGAAACAAUGAGACUAUCGUGGGAAGUUCUGUCAAUACUUUCCCCACUGAGAAAAGGUUUUACCCACUCAUUUAUUUUGGUGACGACGAUAAGUUCGGAAGCUUCACCAAUGAAUCCUUCCUACCAUUCGGAUGCUGAACUAGCUUAUGGAGCUGGCCAGGUCAACCCAAGAAAGGCACGGAGUCCAGGUCUUGUGUAUGAUGCCACUGCAACAGAUUACGUAGAAAUGCUGUGCCAUCAAGGCUACAAUACGUCGAUGAUUAGGCUCAUAGCUGGAGAUAAGAUCACUUGUCCCAAGGAUGCAAAUGGAUCUGCAAGGGAUCUGAACUACCCUUCAUUGGCUGCCUACGUUCAAACAGAUAAAAGGUUUUGAAUGCAGUUUCCAAGGAUGGUUACAAAUGUUGGCCAUUCAAACUCCACAUACACAGCAAGGAUCAACUCCAGCUCCAAACUUAAUAUUACAGUGAAUCCCAAAGUGCUAUCCUUUACUAAAUUGUAUGAGAAGCAAAAAUUUGUUGUGACGGUUUCCGGGGGGCCACUCUCGUUUCGUUCGGUUGCCUCAGCUUCCAUCAUAUGGUCUGAUGGCAACCAUCAAGUCAGGAGCCCAAUAUGUGUGCACACAGACUAUAUUUGAGCUUCACAUGUCUGAGGAAUUUGUUUCCUUUUUUUAAAUUCAAUAAUGAGCUAACUGAUAGCUUAAUUUUACUUCAGAUUUCAGCUGCUUCUUCCAUCUAUUUCUUAUAAUUAACUUAUGUGAUGCAUUAGCAAAUGCAAGUAAUGAGUAUUUAAAUUCGUUUUCUCAAAACAAGAAAAAGGAAGAAGAGUAUUGGAAUUUAGGUUUGGUGAUUUGAGUUUAGCUAGUAGCAUUUGAUACACAAGACCAAGGUCCACUGUACUGGUACCGGUCGGCGUACCGGUGGCGGCUGGACUGGUACGGUACCGGUCCCAGACCGGUUCCGAAUUCCACGCUAUCCAACGCUGAUCCACGUCUGUUCCGUACUGGUCCCGUACCGGUUCUCCAACAAUAAGCUACCGGUACCGGAUUCCACGCCGAUCCAGUAUCGAUCCUAGGUCGGACCGGUCCGUACUGGCCGGUGCGGACCGGUUCGGCAGACCUUGCACAAGACUCUUGAUAUGAUCAAUCCCUCGCCACUAGAUGCCUAACCGGCUUUGGAUAAGUCAGGCAAGUCGAAUCCCAUCUUUGAUUUCUUUUGGAAUAAAGUGCUCACUUAAAUUGUAGUGGUAAAUUUAUUAGUCGAUGCUUAAAUAUAUUAGUUAGGGCAUUCUUUCCAUCUCAUUCAAUGCAUGGUUCUCUUCUUUCCAUAAAAUUAACAUGUUUUUUUUAGGAAAAAUCAAAGUUUCGGACAUUUAUAACUAUGUGGUAAAUGUUUCGAGAUAUGGCACAUCAUUUUAAUCUGCAGUCAGGAUGCAAAAUUCUUUCCAUUGACUUAUUUGUAAGUUCUCGUCCUACUACUUAAUAUAUCUAACAUCAUCAGCUAAUCAACUUGUUUAUGAGCUAAAAUAUUGCCGUGCAAUAGUUCCAACAUAAUUAAAGAAAAAGUUUGGGCAUACUUAUUAGAUUAAGGUUGCUUUUUAUUGGCACCUUAGCUCGUGUUUGAAGCUGGGAAAAAUAUACUUAUAGGAGGUUUCAUGUUAAAGAAAUAACACGAGGUGCUCACCCUUUUUGAUGUACCCAACCUAUUUCAUUAUGUUUAAAAAUUUCAUCCAAAUUGAUCCAGAACUGGUAUACAGCCUUUUUGAUUUUUUUUUUGCUUGGCUAAAAAUUUCUUUGAAUGGAAUGCUUUAAACCAUUUUUUAUUACCAUUAUUUAAUUCCUUUUUUUUUCUACUGCUAUUGUUAGGUUAAAAUUUCUGGUGGAGGUCGAUGCAAUGUGACAAAUGGGCAUUUUGUUGACUCAACAUUUCACUGCAGACAGGAAAAGUGGUUUCAGGCGCAUCUAUUGUUGAUAAUGGGAAGUUCCUUUUGAAGGUUGAGAAACAUACAGCUGAUUUUGUUGAAUAUAUUAAGGUUGAUUACAUAUUAGUUGAUAAUGGGUGCAGCAGGCAGGGUUACACAAUUGCUGUCCAGUGUGGUCAUUCCAUUGUAGAUCCAGUGCCCAGCUUAUUCACAUUCAAAAUUGAGGAUAUACAACCGGCAAGCUUGUCUGGGGCAAUUUGAAUAGAUAAAAUAUCUCUGUUUUUAAUAAUUCUUUCAGAUCAUGUUUUCAUCUAACAUUCUUAUUUUACUUUUGUAGAUUAUACAUAUUGUGUGUACUUCUGUCCCAUUUGACAGUUGCUCAAUUGGUUUUUUGUUCUUUGAUCAUUUUGGCCAAAAAUUUGGAUUAGCAUUUUGCAUAUUGUUGAUGUAUUGGACAUCGUGGGUCUUGGGAACCAAAUAACAUUGUUCAAUUAAAUCUGUCUUGGGAACCAUAUAGCAUUUCAAAACUGCAGAAGUUUUUCUAGGUCAAUUUGCUUUGGAGAAUAUGCUUCCCUCUUAUCCACAAUUUAAUAGUAGUGUGUAAAUGUUGUUUCAUUGGGGAUAUAUAUCCUUAGACAUAUAGAAUCACAGAUGAAAUUUAUACCAGAAAAUGUUGAUGGUAGAACUGAUAUGGAUGGAUAUGUUUUUGACUAUGCACCAUAUUGGACGGUAGUAUGACUUGGAUUUCUUGAUGGCCUUUACUUGCUAGGUAGGGGGCGGGGCAGAUAUGUUCUACCAGUGAGCUUUAUUCUGUUUAAAAUAUCUGGAACCAUGCGGCAUGUUUAUAAAUGAUGUAUUGCAUGCUUCUUAUGCUCAUGAGAAUAUUGGCUGCUUAGAGAGAAAACAUCAUAUGACAAACUCCAGUAUCCUGUAUAAGCUAAAUAAUUAAUUAGCACAUCAAAACAGCCAGCCAUUUUGGGGACUUUUUACUAGAGAAAACAUUGUUGUGGAUGAUGAUGAUGAUUUCUUGCUUAGUAUCCUGCGAUUCUUCUAGUCAAUUAAAAGAUGAUCAUAUUCCAGCAGUGCGGACUUGGGUAACAUCAUCAAUGAUGGUUGACAUGCAGAACUUUUACUAUUUAGUGUGGCUUUAUUUAUAAAAAUACUACUCUAUAUUUCUUCCCUGAUUUGUGUUAAUAAUUGAGAAACCUUUUCACAGAAAAUAUAGCUUUCUGCUGAUUUAGUUGAAAAUUCGUUCUAAUUUACUUCUUUUGAUGAUGAGCAGGUUACAUUUCCAAGAGUUAAAGCAAAGUUAAAAUUAGAAAAAUUCCACACAAGUAUACCUGAAUUUACCCAGGCAUGCAUUUUUUCUAUUUGGGUUAUCAUGAGGUUGAAACAUUUUCUAAUAUAAUAUGUGUCUUCUAGGUUGGCCCCAUGUUAGUAACUCGUUGGGGUCUUAGUGGGCCUGUGAUUCUUUGGUAAUCUGCUUGGGCAGCACACAAACUGUUCCUUUCCAAUUACCCAGAUAGAGCUUUGGUUAAGGGGAUGAUUAAUAGACUUGAGUUUGAAGAUCAGGACAAGUUCGAUAAUUUUAGACUAUGAGUGCAGUGAGGCAAGGUUGGAAAUCUCUGUGAGUCAACUUGUGACUUGGCUAAGCCAAGUCAAAAUCUAAGGCUACCAUCAAAAGUCAAGAUGACUCAGAAAGUGAGCAAGUCCUGGUGGAGUCUUGCUGAGUCUUUCAUGACUUGCUUGAAUUGGCAAGUCAAAAAAGAUCGGCCAAGUCAUGUUUUUAGUUUUUUAUUUUAUUCCAGCCCUUAACUCAAUCAAGUUAGGACGAGUUGACACUGAGUCUGAGUUAGACCGAGUCAUCAUCAGGUUAGACGAAGUUGUCGCUGAAUUAGACCGAGUUGCCACUGAGUGUGUGUGAGUUGAGGAUCAUGAAAGUGAUAUGGAAGUAGAACUCUAUCACUCCACGAACAAUGACUAGAGAUGGUUGUGAUCUUUUUCUGUGUAAAAGACUAGUUAAUCAUGAGUAAUAAGAAAGAAAAUUUUGAAAACUUUGGUGUUUCUCUUUUAUGUGUUAAUCUAGAGUUUGCAUAUUUUUUAAACGAAAUGGCUUUGACAUGAUUGAUUGUGAUAACUUGGAAUGUUGACUGACCACUUGGUAAUGUUUUUCUCCCAUUCGGUUUUGUAUAUAGCUGCCUCUAUUAAGUCUAUGGCAUCUAUAUAUUUUUCAUUAUUCUUAAAAGAUUCAAGCAUAUGGAAUUUAAAGUAAUUGUUGAUAUUUGGAUCACUCAAAAUUUUUAAUAAUUUAUAUGAGCAUGUACAUAUACAAUUAUGUAUAUAUGUAUGUGUGCAUAUAUGAGAUACAUCACUCAUCCGAGUCACCAAAUUGACUUUUCCAGGUCAAAAAUAUAGUAGAGGGUGAGUCAAAUCCGAGCAACAAGUUCUCCAAUUUUGCAGUGAGGAUUUGUUGUUGUAAAUUUGGGCUUAAAUAAUUACUACAUAUCAAGAUUACACCUAAUGAAGUUAUAUCUGCAACUGACUCUAAUUUAUGUUUCAUCUGUGUAGUUUCUUGUUAAAAAAAAUUGACUUUUAAUUGCUUAGAAGUUAGAAGAGAUAUGGCAUGCAGACAGCAUGAAAGCUAGUCUUUCAGAACAGAUUAAAUCACUCCUCAUCCUUGACAAUUUCCUGAUAUGUUUUAAUGCUCAUGAGUCCUACUAAUUUAUCUGGGGUUGUAAGCAUAUGUUCCACUUUCCCGUUUUUCCAUUUUAAUCUUCAUGCUAACUACUAGAUUUUAUUGUGUUUUAUCUAGUGGUUUCUCUAAUUAAUUUUUCUUUUCUCAUAAUCAUGAAGUAAACUUUGGCAUUGUAAGUUGUUAAGGUGUGCCAAAAUCUUCAAAUUCUGAUUCUAAUUUCAAAAAUCCCUUACCUAAUUGAGAGUAGAUUAGUUUGGAUUUCAAAAUUUCAAUCCAUAUGCAUAAAUGUGCCCAUUGACGGAACAUCAUAUGGUCCCCCCCCCCUCCUCUUUUAGAAUUGAAUGUACAGGUUAAUGAAGUCACUGAAGCAUAAUUGUUACAUACUGGCGUAUGUAGUCUCCAUUUUAUUAUUUCAACAUAUUCUUCUAAUGUCAGUGUCUUUGUGGAUGUGUACACAGGAAUGCUUCUUGUAGACUAUACACCUGAUAUUCAUAUAGAUGAUCUGAAGCGUAUCCUCUUUCAACACAAGGCUCAGUUUUCGGUUUAAUCUUUUUCAAGUUCUCCUCUUUUGCUUCCUAAGCUGCAAUUAUCUUGUUAAAAUUAACACAAACUUGAGUGGAAUAGGAUAUUUUAUUCAUUUUUUGCUUCUUUAUUUUGUAACUGAUGAAACCUAUAUUUGCUCCCUUUUUUCUCCCCUUGUUAUGGCCAUAUACUAUACAUUGAGCUCAGUUUUAUGCAUUCUUUUAUGCAUUCUUCA